GUGUGGGACAGUUUUGGCCGUGCCCUGUACAAUUCCCAGCCCCACCAAUAUCCCAUCACUGCCAUUGCCUGGGCCCUGCAUGGAGAAUUGUUUGCUGUGGGAUCCUUCAACACCCUGAGGCUCUGUGACAAAACUGGGUGGUCCUAUGCCCUGGAGAAGCCCAGCACGGGCAGCAUUUUUGCCAUUUCGUGGUCCAUCGAUGGCACCCAGCUGGCAGGGGCCUGUGGGAAUGGCCAGGUCAUCUUUGCCCACCUGCUGGAGCAGCACUGGGAGUGGCACAACUUCCAAAUCACCCUAAUUAAGAGGAGAACCAUGAAG